AGAUAAGCUUGGAAAUAAUGGAAUGAAAAAAUGAACCAAGUUGGAGCUAGAUUUAGCCGUCAGCCUGGUAUGUUGAUAAUUCACACAAAAGAUUUCUAUUCCAUUUUUAUUUUAGUAUCCUUUAAAUUCCACUAGCAUCAAUUAAAUGCGAAGUAAUAUGUGUGCCUUUUCAAUCUGACUUCUGGUGAUAAUUUUGUUUGGUUUAACACUGUCAGUGUGAUCUAUUACCUUAGCUAGGAAGAAACAGUUUAGAACUGAUAGAGCUAUCCAGUAUAAAUAAAGUUAGUUUAGGUUUCCUCCUGUAGUAACACUGGAUCAAUAAGAGAUGAUCCUUACUGGACCUCUAGGGAGAACAGUUUAGAACUGAUAGAAGUAUCCAGUAUAAAUAAAGUUAGUUUAGUUUAGGUUUCCUCCUGUAGUAACACUGGAUCAAUAAGAGAUGAUUCUUACUGGACCUCUAGGAAGAACAGUUUAGAACUGAUAGAGCUAUUCAGUAUAAAUAAAGUUAGUUUACUUUAGGUUUCCUCCUGUAGUAACACAGGAUCAAUAAGAGAUUAUUCUUACUGGACCUCUAGGGAGAACAGUUUAGAACUGAUAGAGCUAUCAUAAAGAUAGUUACUUAUUUUGUUUUUGUUCUUUUAGCACACGUUCUUAUACUGGAUAUAUCGCGACCAUUCAAUCAUGAUGCGCUGGUGAAUGUUUAUCAAAGUCUGACAGAUUUCUUCUCUCUGGUAACUCACAUCAGUGGACAAUUACGAGUUCCCUUGUUUGGUCUUACCACAAUCGGACAGUAUGCAGAGGUAAUGGACCAUUUGCAUUAUAGACUAAAUUUUGAUCUAGACAAAAAUUUCAUCACAGCUUGAAAGAGCAUCACAAAAUUAGUAAUACCCCAAAGUUUCGUUGCGAAAUGUUGUAAAAUGCGGAUAAUAUAGCCUUGCGAAGUUUGCAAUUUUCAGUCAUUUUAGAGUACAAACGGGAAAUUGAUGCCCCAACACCCGAUUGGGCUGUCAAUUUCUCGUGCGUAAUACAAAAUGACUGAAAAAUGGCAAACUUCGCAAGGCUAUAUUAUCCGCAUUUUACAACAUUUCGCAACGAAACUUUGGAAUAUUACUAAUUUUGUGAUGCUCUUUCAAGCUGUGAUGAAAUUUUUCUCUAGAUCAAAAUUUAGUCUAUAAUGCAAAUGGUCCAUUGGAAAUUUGAAAAACUAUCUUAUUUGCACGGAAACCGUAUACAUCAUAAUGAAUACGAACAAUGUGUGAUUUCCGGCUAAAGACGAAAUUUUGAUCGAGACAAGAAGAACGAACCAUUACCAUAGCUGGAAAGAGCAUCUUAAAAUGAGUAACAUUGCAAAGUUUGUUUACGAAUUGUUAUGAAAUGAGGAAAAUAUAGACUUGCGAAGUUCGCAAAUUUUAUAUACAGUAUAUUUGCAUUACGUGUGGAAAAAUAACAUUUUUGAGCCGAAUGUGGUUAUUUUUACCGCACGUAGUACAAAUAUAUACAAAAUUUGUGAACUUCGCUGGGCUAUAUUUUCUUCAUUUUACAACAUACUGUAUAUUUAGCAACCAAUCUUUGCAGUUGUACUGAUUCUAAAGCCUGGUUCACAUAUGCCUGCGGUAUGCCUGCGACUGUAUCAUUAUGCCUCUACUUGCCACCGAAAUACCGGCAAAGUUGAACUCAAGUCAACUUUCCCGGCCUACCGCCGAUGUAACUGUGGCACUGGAGGCAAUCGGCGAACAAAUAUUCACAUAAUUCACGUUUUAAGCUACCACCGGUAUCGUCGCCGGUACGUCGCAGGCACGUCGCAGGCAUAUAUGUGAACCAGGCUUAAGACGCUCUUUCUAGCUGUGGUGUUGGAUUUCGUUCCUGUUUGGAUCAAAAUUUAGUCUAUAGCAGAAUGCAUGCACCUAUUACAUAAAAUAUCCCCUCCAGGCGACCUAUGUUGGGGGAACAGGAACACUCACCCACAUGCCUACAACAUUCACAAAGUGUACAAUGUGAAAAGGGACAUUGCACUUCCCUACUGCUUUAGAAACCAGUAAUGGACCAUUUGCAUUAUAGACUAAAUUUUGGUCUAGAUAAAAAUUUCAUCGCAGCUUGAAAGAGCAUCGCAAAAUUAGUAAUAUUCCAAAGUUUCGUUGCGAAAUGUUGUAAAAUGCGGAUAAUAUAGCCUUGCGAAAUUUGCAAUUUUCAGUCAUUUUGUAUUACAAACGGGAAAUUGAUGCCCCAACACCCGAUUGGGCUGUCAAUUUCCCGUUCGUAAUCUAAAAUGACUGAAAACUGAAAAUUGCAAAUUUCGCAAGGCUAUAUUAUCCGCAUUUUACAACAUUCUGCAACGAAACUUUGGAAUAUUACCAAUUUUGUGACGCUCUUUCAAGCUGUGAUGAAAUUUUUGUCUGUAGAUCAAAAUUUAGUCUAUUACGCAAAUUGUCCAUUCGUCUAUGUGAAAAGUGACAGUAAUAACAGUAAUCACGCACCAACAAAUCGUAAGAUUUUCACAGUUCCCAAAUAUCCCCUCCAGCCUACCUAAGUUGGGGGAACAGGGACACUCACCCACAUGCCUACAACAUUGACAAAGUGUACAAUGUGAAAAGGGACAUUGCACUUCCAUACUGCUUUAGAAACCAGUAAUUCAUCGGUGUGAAAAGUUGCAGUAAUUUUAACAAUAAUUAGACACCAAAAAAUCGUAAGAUUUUCACAGUUCCCAAAUAUCCCUUCCAGCCUGCCUAAGUGGGGGGAACAGGGACACUAACCCGCAUGCCUACAACAUUCACAAAGUGUACAAUGUGAAAAGAGGCAUUCCAUUUCCCUACUGCUUUAGAAACCAGAAAUUCAUCUGUGUGAAAAUUGGCAGUAAUUUUAACAAUAAUUACAUACCAACUAAUCGGAAGAUUUUCACGGUUCCCAAAUAUCUCCUCCGGUUUACCUAAGUUGGGGGAACAGGGACACUAACCCACAUGCCUACAACAUUCACAAAGUGUACAAUGUGAAAAGGGAGAUUGCACUUCCCUAUAGGGUGUUGGGUAUCAAUUUCCCGUUUGUAAUACAAAAUGACUGAAAAUUUCAAAUUUCGCAAGGCUAUAUUAUCCGCAUUUUACAACAUUUCGCAACGAAACUUUGGAAUAUUACUAAUUUUGUGAUGCUCUUUCAAGCUGUGAUGUGAAAUUUUUGUCUAGAUCAACAUUUAGUUUAUAAUGCAAAUGGUCCAUACAUCGGUGUGAAAAAUGACAGUAAUUUUAUUCAAUAAUCACGCACCAAUCACCGAUCACCAUCACGCAUUUUCAUAGUUCCAAAAUAUCCCCUCCAGCCUACCUAAGUUGGGGGAACAGGGACACUAACUCACAUGUCUACAACAUUCACGAAGUCUACAAUAUGAAAAGGGACAUUGCACUUCGCUACUGCUUUUGAAACCAGUAAUUCAUCGGUGUAAAAAGUUACAGUAAUUUUAACAAUAAUAAUAAAUUAUAUAUUAGAAUAGUGUCUCCAGGGGCACACCUUCCACAAAUUUGUUUCAAAUCUGGCUAUGCCUAAAAGGUGCACGAAGUCGCGGUAUAUAUAGCUUAUAUGGCAUCACAUCGUUUUUUUUUUUGCAUUUAGACAAUUUUUCCGCUUCAACCAAUCAAAGGAACCUUCGCUCGUCUUCAUUCACUUGUGACAGAAUUCAAGAGGUCCGCCAUGGAUAAUCCCAUGCCCGCAUUUGUGCCAGGUAGGUACCUACAGUACAAGCUGUGAUUUUGUCGCGAUCUUUUUUCUUCUCGUUUGACAAAAUGUACAGCUGAAGGUUUUUCGUAAAUGGUCAAUUGUAAGUGGAGGAUUAUGUACAAAUUUAAACCUUACCAGGCCGUUGAGGGCAACUCACGUAUAAGAUUAAGGCGUAAAAAAAUACCUGUGGUUCCGGUUCCCGACCGACCCUAUCUUUUUCUGCCGACCCUAUUAUUUUUUCAACGCGAUUGACCGUGCGACCCUAUUUUCUCCAGGUGGUUGCGGGCUGCUCAUACAGCAUGCCAAAAUGGCGUCUGUUGUCACACUAAUUAUUGAACCAAAUUACCUAAAUUCGUCCAUAGGAAAUACGCAUCUCUAGUGAAUAUUGAUGUCAGGACUCUACUGCAAAUCGCCCAGCAAAAAACCCGCCAAAACCAUGAAAAAAAUAUUCCAAAAAAAAAUUAUUUCCGACCUACCAACCCUAAUUUUUUCACGAUAUGAAACCGGAACCACAGGUAUUUUUUUACGCCUAAGACCCCGUGUACACGGUACCGGACGAAUUUGAGACCGGUAUGAAAUUCGUCCGUUUCGGCGGCGUAAACACACGAAAACUACGGAACCGGACGAAUUUGAGACCCCCUAACAGGACGAAUUCGCGUGUAAACAGGCGAAAAAGGACGAAUUUCAGACCGGUCUCAAAUUCGUCCGGUACACCGUGUAAACGUGGUCUAAAUGAAAGUGACAGAAAGAAUAGACCCAUUGCAUUGACGUCACGAAUCCUUAGAGCAGGGCGCGCAUAUAUAAGCGCCCUGUCUUAGAGUGUCCUCCAGAUGCUCCCUAACAAUAUCUGUUCGGGUACAACAACCACAUACCGCGCAAAAAUUAACCAUUUUAAUACAAAAUUAUUAUAAAGUUUUACAAAAUUUGCUUUGUUUACAAAAGUUAUAUUAUGCAUAGAUUGCUAAUUUGUCCUCCAGAUGCAUCAUCACCGGCGCUGUGACGUCAUGUGCAAUGGGUCUAUUAGAGCAGUUUCUUAUAUACACUAGAUAGCGCAUCUCUUUUAGUAAAAUUGAGGCUAAGUAUAUUCCAGCGGUUACCCCCAUUUGAAUAGAUGGCGGUCAUAUUGGAGUUUCCCACUCACUAAUAAACGCUUAAAAAACAACAAUAACUUUCAUCAUUUGAAUAGUUUGAAAAUGUAUUUGGAAUAGGUUUAACUUAAUGUUUAAGUUCCGUGUUUAAGAAAUAGAAAACACACGAGUCUUCUCAUUUCAUGGGAAUAUCCUGAGUCUGCAAUCACGACUUCAAUUUUUGAAUUGCAAAAUAAUUAGAUGCACUAUCUAGUGUAUAUAUACGAUAUCUACAGUGUUCUAACCAACUGAGCUGAAAGUUUUGGUGCUUGUUCGUGUACCGAAAGUUUUAUACUGUCUUUAUUUUUAAAUUACAGAGUCAUUGAGUCAGGGAUUUCAAGACGUUCUUUCGCAGUAUCAAAGACAACAGCAGACAUUCAGACAGGUAGAGCUUUUUAAAUUUCACCCCAAGGACUGAUCUGUCGUGGGGGCGAGGGCACGGGACCCCACCCAGUGUUGUUCCCUGCAUGCAAAAGUCCAGCCUAAAACUAUGCUUGACCGUGCAUUUUUUGCUUUUCGAAUGGC